UCCAAUAGGGGGAAUAUAGGAUAAUGGAAAGAAAAUCAAAUGGCCGUGCAGAAGUUAUUUUCGAUUUUUCUCUUGGCUUCUUUGUCAAUUUCUCCAAGUUAUGCUCAAGUUGAGGGCAUCUAUUGUGGAAAAGAAAAUUGCUACGAUGUCCUGGGAAUGACAAGAGAUAACAGUAAGUCUGAAAUCAUGAAGGCUUACCGAAAACUUGCCAGGAAAUGGCAUCCUGAUAGACAUAAAACCGAGGAGGCCAAAAAUGAAGCUGCUGCUAAAUUCCAAACGAUAGCGAAUGCUUAUGAGAUUCUUAAAGACCAAGACUCACGAAGUGAAUAUGAUUACAUGUUGGAUAAUCCUGAGGAGAUGUAUCUCCAUUAUUACUACUACUAUCGUCGGCGGAUGGCUCCGAAAGUGGAUGUCAGAAUUGUGGUUGCAGUUACAAUAUCUAUCAUAUCAGUUAUACAGUAUUAUGGUGCUUGGAACAAUUAUCAUUCUGCUAUAUCCUACUUGAUGACUGUUCCCAAGUAUCGGAUGCGUGCGAUGGAAAUAGCAAAAGAGGAAGGAUUAUUAGGCAAUAAUAAAAAGAAAGUUGGAGGAAAAAAGAUAUCCAAGGAGGAGCAAAAAGAAAAAGAUGAAGCAACCAUUAGAAAAAUAGUAGAAAACAAUAUGGAUAUUAGGGGAGGCUACAGCAAACCAAGUAUCGUAAACAUCCUCUGGUUCCAAAUGUUAUUCUUCCCAUAUUAUAUAGUUUGUUAUAUCGCCUGGUGGUGUCGCUGGGUGUGGAAGUUCUGGAUACUCAAACACGAGUAUGGAGAUGAGGAAAAACAUUAUAUCAUCAGAAAAUAUAUGGGUCUGGGCCAGUCCCAGUGGGAGGCGUUGGAUGAAUCUGAUAAGUUGUCUUUCAUGAAACGAGAGCUCUGGCUGAAGGAACAUUUUGUGGAGUGGAAGAUCGAGAAAGAUGAAGAGCAGAAAGCCAAGUUAGCGGAAAGUUCAAAAUACAAGAGUUAUCGACGCUAUAUGAAACAAGGUGGACCAGGGCAGAUGACAUUUGGGCCGGAGUAAAGUCAUGAGCAGUCAUCCAACUUGCCUGUCUCCCACACUGCUCUUCAUAUUGGCUAUUGGAAUAAUGGCCUGUUUCCAAAAAAGCGGUUUUCCAUGCAUUUUGCCGCAUGAGCUGGUCUCUCUGGUCAGGUCAAGUACAUGUAGCUGAGCCAAUAAAUUACAUCAAAAAUCAAUGUUCACCUUAGGAAACUGAAAUCGGCACUGUUUUGGCAAGAGCCAUUAAUAUAAAUUCCAAAAGUGAAACAGGAAAAGGCUGCGGAUGUUCAAACAAUUAUAAGUCAUCAAUAUGUAUCUUGUGGAAUACGUUUUACCAAAAGGAUUGAAAACGUUUCCAACAAAUUUCAAUAUCAAAAUUUUACAACCAAAUAUUGAGUUAAAUUGAGGGUUGUGUAUCAAAAAUGCCAUGUCUCGAUGUGUUGGGUGGUGCUAUUCAUUGUGAAUAUCUUGUUUUGAGCUACUAUGAUGAUUCAAUCUGCACGAAUGGGACUAGACCAUAUCAAAGUUGUGAUCAAGUCGAGCACUUUCAGAUCUGCUGAGAAACGACAGCUUCCUUUUCCAGUAUGUGGAACUAAUGUGCUUAUAAAAUCCAUCGAAACCAUGAAAAUUUAUCAGUCGGUUAUUGAAAUAUCAUACUCGAAUUUUGAAUUUCAAUUCGGGAACCAUACUGAUCAACACUUCCUGUUGAUUUGUAAAAAAACAACAAAUUUUCAGAAAUGUUCCCAACUCCAUUGCAUUGUUGGGUGAGUUGUCAAAGAGAAUAUCGCUACAUUCAUGUAGAAUGGGAUUCAUAAACUUCUAUUUCAUCUCCAGAAGUAAAACUCUUUAGUACUGAUUUUAUUUAUGAUUCAUUUAAUACUUGUUUGGGUUUGUGGACAGCAUGUUGUUUUAUUUGAAGUUGUUUUAUGUUCUAUAGGUUUAGAAACACCUUCUAAUGUUUAUUUAUGACUCAAAAAGUCAGUUUUAUUCGUGAGGCUCCGGUACAAUCCAGCUUCGCAUGCUAUGGGUACCAAUUAGAGGCAUAUGUCCAAGUGCUAUUGGUUUAUAAUUCAGAGAGACCAUCGACAUCAUACAUGAAGCCUCAUCAUCUCGUCACUUUGGAAACCAGGGGAUCAUUGUGAUGUCACUUGGCAAUAUGAUUAGCCAGGUUGGGCAUUAUGAGAGGUCAUGUUAUUGGCUAGUAGAAGGUUUGGCCUCUCAGUUUAGGAUUAUGAGAGGUCAUGUUAUUGGCUAGUAGAAGGUUUGGCCUCUCAGUUUAGGAUUAUGAGAGGUCAUGUUAUUGGCUAGUAGAAGGUUUGGCCUCUCAGUUUAGGAUUAUGAGAGGUCAUGUUAUUGGCUAGUAGAAGGUUUGGCCUCUCAGUUUAGGAUUAUGAGAGGUCAUGUUAUUGGCUAGUAGAAGGUUUGGCCUCUCAGUUGAGGAUUAUGAGAGGUCAUGUUAUUGGCUAGUAGAAGGUUUGGCCUCUCAGUUUAGGAUUAUGAGAGGUCAUGUUAUUGGCUAGUAGAAGGUUUGGCCUCUCAGUUUAGGAUUAUGAGAGGUCAUGUUAUUGGCUAGUAGAAGGUUUGGCCUCUCAGUUGAGGAUUAUGAGAGGUCAUGUUAUUGGCUAGUAGAAGGUUUGGCCUCUCAGUUUAGGAUUAUGAGAGGUCAUGUUAUUGGCUAGUAGAAGGUUUGGCCUCUCAGUUUAGGAUUAUGAGAGGUCAUGUUAUUGGCUAGUAGAAGGUUUGGCCUCUCAGUUUAGGAUUAUGAGAGGUCAUGUUAUUGGCUAGUAGAAGGUUUGGCCUCUCAGUUUAGGACCAGGUUAUCUUUAACCAUUCAAAAGUUUCGGUUAAAAUAUGUUAAUUUUGUAGAUUCUAAUUUUCAUCAUGUCAUCCAAAUCAUUCCAUUUCGUUCAUUUUGUUUCAUUUUGGGUGAAUACUGGUAUUCCUUUUCUUUUCGAUUUCAAUGGAUAGUAGGAGGUGUUGGUGACGGCUAGACGACCCUGUCCACGGGCUGCUCUAGCUUCACAUUUAUUGGGACCCACUUAUUUUGACACCAAGGUUGAGCUUGAUGAAGUGAUCUGAUGUACAUGUUAUGCCAUACUUAUUUGUUUAAAAUGAGAGCGUUCAUAGUUUGAGGACAUUCAGUUGUCUUUUCAUCAGACUUGAAGCAAUGUGCUGCAGAUUACAUAAGAAGCUGUCUCAACUGGUGGAAACAUUAGGUUUUUGAGUUUAUAUGUUGGAUCAAUUUCUCUUCAUUGUGAGCAUUGACACGCACACUGACUGAAUUAGGUCUUGACAUAACAGAUACCAAGUGAGGGGGGGAGGGGGGUGGCUGAAAUCACAUGAGGAGGAGCAUGAGGAGCAAGAGUGAAAAGUUUUUCAUAUCUGGAAUGUUGAAGAUGCCAUUUCGCAGCAUUUCAGAUGCAAAAUAUCCGGCUAAUACACUCCUAAGCAGAGCCUCCCAUACUAACAGGAAGUAAAUUCCAACGGCCCUAUUCUUUGUUGUAUAGGAUGGACUAGUACACAUAUUAAUGCCGUCGGGUAUAGCCCGUUGUAAAAUAGUUCAUUCGAAAUGAAAUACCCUUUGUUACAAUAGAAUGUGAUGAAUGGACUCUACCUCCGGGAGACAUAGCUUGCUCGUUUGUACCCUGUGUGACAUAACAUGCCGCGAUUUUAAUCUAUCCUCUGUACCAGCCCCCCUGAAGCUCCUUGGUUUUCUGAACUAUAGGCACCAGGUGUCGUUCGGUUCAGCUGUUUUGACUAAACCAUUAUUUAUGAUUUUGUGAGAGUAUGGUUCAAAUGGAAGCCUUUUCACUACACAUGCUACAUCCAUAUCAACAACCUUGGUUUUCGGCCUAUUGAGAAAAAAGUUGCUGAAGCGCCAUUUUUUUGCAAGGAUAUUAGAAACUGAAUGUCAAUGUGGAAUAGUUUUGAUCUCCAUUAUAUCCAUCAUGAUGUGCUGACAUGUGUCUGGUGUUCAUCCAGCAGAUCCAGUGUGUAUGUAGUCCAGUGUUGGCGGUGGUAUAUCUCAUAGUUUCCAUUUAAACCAACUUUGCAAAAAAACAAUAUUGGAAGUUGUUUUAAACUUGUAUUUUUCUGUCCAUUAAGUGGCAAAUAAAAAUAUUAUAUUUCAA